GCUCAUGUUAGAGCACAUCAGGUGCCUCCCCCGAGUUCCUCGUUCUGUAAUUUCAUUUUGAUAAAUUUUCUUCAAUGAAGGAUGGCAACACCAGAAAUUGGUGUGGAAUACGAAGAUGGGAGGUGGAAUGACUCGAGUGGGGCCUACGCUGGCGAUGAGACCAGUCCUGAGAGAGCUUCAGGCUCGGAAAUGGACGAACAGCGCAAGCAACAGAUGGCCUAUCAAUAUCUGUGUCACUUGGAAGAGGCGAAAUUAUGGAUGGAGGCUUGUCUGAAGGAGGAAUUGCCGCCUACAACUGAACUGGAGGAGGCUUUCAGGAAUGGUGUGUUUUUAGCAAAACUGGGAAAUUUCUUCACUCCUGAGACGGUACCCCUGCGCAAAAUAUUUGAUAAAGAAUUCAAAGUGUUGAAUACUCGGGGACUUCACUUUCGUCACACAGAUAAUAUUAAUUACUUCAUGAACAGCUGCGGUAAAGUUGGUCUACCGAAGGUCUUCUUCCCUGAGACAACGGAUAUUUAUGACAGAAAGAACAUGCCAAAGCUAAUAUAUUGUAUCCAUGCAUUGAGUUUGUACCUGUUCAAGUUAGGAUUAGCACCACAAAUACAAGAUUUAUAUGGCAAGGCCAAAUUUACUGAGGAACAGAUCAGUGCCAUGAGGAAGGAGCUAGAAAAAUACGGAAUUCAAAUGCCAGCCUUUAGCAAGAUAGGUGGAAUUUUAGAGAGUGAGAUGCCUGUGGAUGAAGCAGCAUUGCAUGCUGCAGUGAUUGCCAUCAAUGAUGCAAUAGACCACCAAGAUGCAAAUGGCACUCUUGAGGCUCUCCGCAAUCCUAGUGCACACUUAGUUGACAUCAGUGCAGAUAAUGCAGAAGGGUACCAGGAGGCCCUUUACCAAGCUAAGUCUAGUAAGGCUGCCCAAGCUCUAGCAAAGUCACCAAGUAGUGAGGGAAUGGAUGUAUAUGACACACUCCUAACCCAGGCUGAAAUUCAAGGAAACAUUAGUCAGGUUAAUGAUGUGAUCAGAAGAAAGAAGGCAGAGGAAGCAUUGAUUCAGGCUGUCAGAGAAGUUAACCAAGCUGUCAACAAUAAUGAUGAAGAGGCUUUGAUAAUUGCUUUAUCCAACAAAGCAGCUAAGUUGACAGGUUUGACCAAAGAAAAUGGGUCAUGGUACAUGAAGUUGUUAAAGGAGAAAAGAAAUCUAAAACAAAAGCAAACUGGUCUCACUGAUGUUGAUCUCACCCAAACAGAAAUCCAGGAAGCAGUCAAUGCAGCUAAUGAACUAGCUGAACAGCACAGACAAAUGGAGGAUAUUGUACACUGUAUAAACAAGUCAUUAGAUAUGGGUACAGUAGAAGAAACUCACACCCUGAUACAAAAACCUGAAGGGAUGUUUCCAAAAGUUCUGACAAGGAGUGCCUUUCUGUAUCAUGAUGGACUUCUUAAAGCUAAGCAACAAGCAAUGCAAGAAAGUGAUGAAACUUGUCUUUCACAUCAGGCUGUAUGUGAUCAGUUGUCAGUUUUGACAGCUGUAGCAGCCAUAAAUGAAGCCAUUGAGAAUGAAAAUUCCACGCAGUUAAUUGAAAAAAUGAACCAUGCUAAUGCUGGUUUGACAUCAGUAGAUGAGAGUCUUUGUAACAGAUACUUAAGUCACUUGAUCUCUGUCAAGGAGGAGAAAGCACAGGACUGUGGAGUCGGCAAGGACGAUCUAACAAAGCUCGAAAUCCAGAUUUGUGUGGACUAUAUGAACACUGUUGUUCAAGAAGAGCAUGACCUGAUAUCUGCCAUAGCAGUCAUCAAUGAGGCAAUUGAUAAGGAAGAUCACCAAAGUACUCUACAGGCCUUGCAGGCUGAUGCUGCCAAACUUUCAGGUAUUGACCCUGACAACAGCCAACUGUAUCAGAAGCUUCUCCACUCCCAGAAGAUGGCUAAAGCAGCGAAAGCUGAUGAAGACACAGCUGAACUGUGGCAUGAUGAGAUCCAGAGAAGCUUGGACAGUGCCAAUCGUUACUCUGAUGAGGCUCAACAUUUGGCUAAGGGUGUAACUGCAAUCAACCAAGCAAUUGGUGCACAAGAUGAGAGGCUUCUGAUAGCAGCUCUUACCUACCCAAGAGCAAACAUAUAUGGUGUCACAUCACAGUGUAUUCAGCAGUAUUUUGGUAACUCUCAAUUGUUCUUUAUCUGUUUAAUUGUAGGCAGUGACUCUGCAUGGCUGGAGCAGAAGACAUCUCAGGGUCAUUUGUAUUACUACAAUACUGAGAAUAGUGAAAGUUGUUGGGAGAAACCUGUUGACAUGAUCACUAACUCUGCUGUGCUAACCAGAGAGGAAAUUCAGGGUGUGAUAUCACGAGUGACAAUCCAAUAUGACCGUUGGGUCCACAUGGAGUCAAAUGAACCCUUGAUUAUCAAGCUGCAAUCGAACUGGAAAGGAUACCUGGCCAGAAAGGCUUACAAAGAAAGGCAGACAUUCAUAAAGGAACAUCUACCAGCAAUCAUUAAAAUACAGGCAUUUGUAAGGGGAUUUAUUCAAAAAUUGAAAUACAAAAGGAGGCUCAAUGAACUGCACAGUCAUCCUGAGGAAGUUGUAAAGAUUCAAUCUUGGGUGAGUAUGUCACUUGCCAGAAAGAAAUAUCAAGAAAGAAGAAAAUACUUCAAGGACCAUAAUUCUGCCAUAGUGAAAAUCCAGGCUUGGUUGAGAGCUAAUGUGGCCCAAAAUGACUACAGAAAACUCAUCUCCAUGCAAGAUCCGCCAGUUAAGACUGUAAGAAAAUUCCUUCAUCUUUUGGAAAACAGCGAUGCCGACUUUGAAGAGGAGCUAAAUCUUCAGAAGCUAAGGGCCCAAGUUGUGACAGAGAUCAGAUCAAACCAACAGCUUGAAAAUGACUUAGGUCUAAUGGACAUCAAGAUAGGACUUCUUGUUAGAAACAGAAUCACUUUGCAGGACGUAAUACACUAUGGAAAGAACUUAAAACGGGAAAAACAAGACAUGAGUACCGCGAUGCAGAGAACAAAGGGUAUCAAGUCACUGAGUAAAGAAAGCCAUGAAAAACUAGAAGCUUACCAGAACUUGUUUUACUUGCUUCAGACUAAUCCAGUUUACCUGGCCAAGCUGAUUUUUGCAAUGCCGCAGAGUAGAUUUACUAAAUUCAUGGAGUCUGUGACAUUGACAUUAUACAACUAUGCCUCUAAUCCGAGAGAGGAGUACCUGCUUGUGAAAUUAUUUGACACAGCGCUUAAAGAGGAGAUCGCCUCAAAAGUUGAUCAAAUGCAGGACAUCGUAACAGGAAACCCAGCGGUCAUUAGGAUGUUGGUUCAUUUUAACCGAGGUACGAGAGGUCAAAGUUCACUGCGAGAGCUGCUACAGCCAUUGGUUGAGGGUGUCCUAAAUGACAAGAACUUGUCAAUCAACACAAACCCACUUGAAGUGUACAAGGCUUGGAUUAAUCAAAUGGAAUCAGAAACGGGAACUGCAAGUAAGCUCCCAUAUGAUGUGGAACCGGAACAAGCGCUGAAACAUCCUGAAGUACGAGAAAGAAUAGAGGCUGCCAUGAAGAGCCUCACAGUAGUUACGGAUACAUUUUUAAACUCCAUUGUACAAUCUGGCGAUAAAAUACCGUAUGGUAUGCGAUAUGUAGCAAUGUCUUUGAGAGUAGCUCUCGCUGAAAAAUUUCCAGACGCACCAGAAUCAGAGAUAUUAAAAGUUGUUGGUAACUUGAUUUACUACAGAUAUAUGAACCCUGAAAUCGUAGCCCCAGAUGCUUUUGAUAUCGUAUCAGUGGGCGUGGACAAAUGUUUGACGGCUGAUCAGGUGAAACUUCACCUGAAGACGGAGAACAAGAGACGUCACAUCAUUCAAAGACGGAGAUUUCCUUAACGCUGACCAAUAAGUUUGAGGUCCCUGAUGAUGAUGACUCUGACAUGAGAGCGCUGUUUGUUAGAACCAAGAGAAUGAUCGUAGAUGUUCUGAAAAUCCAAGCUGGAGAUAACUUGACCGAGAUUCUAGAGACUCCCGCCUCUGAUGAGCAAGAAGAGGAGCACACGAGAUCGAUGAAACUUCGAGAAUUGAACGAGGAGAACAAAAGCAAGUCCCAUGGCAAUAUGGCCAAGUCUACCUCAGCUUAUGGAGAUAACAAACUUCCACUUGAAGGACUGAAAAGGAAAAUAAUAAGAAAUCUACGGAUGCUUGAGAGUCAAGGAGUCGUCACCAUCAAGAAUGAUUAUCAAGAUAUCAUAAACGCCAUCGCCAAGGACAUCAGAAACCAGAGGCGAUACCGUCAAAGACGGAGACAAGAAAAAAAGAAACUGGGACAGACUUUGGAAAGCUUGCAUAACAAAUCACAGUUUUACGAAGAACAGAUCGAUUAUUACAACCAGUACAUCAGAGUGUGUUUAGAUAACCUGUCCAAAAAGGGAAAGAAACCACGAGCCAAGCAGCAGAAGGGAAAGGAAGACGUGUACCGAGGUGAAAUCAAGUACACUGCACAGAGAUUGUAUGAGAAGGGAGUUAUUUUGGAGAUUGAGGGACUGCCGCCGUCACAGUUCAAGAAUGUCAUGUUUGACAUUAAAUCAGCGGAUGAAGUUGGAGUGUUUGAAGUGUCAGCCAAAUUCAUGGGAGUAGCCAUGGAGAAAGUUGAGCUUGUCUUUCAGGACUUACUUCAACUUCAGUACGAGGGUGUAGCAGUAAUGAAGAUGUUCGGACGAGCAAAAAUAAACGUCAACCUACUCAUCUUCCUGUUGAACAAGAAAUUUUACGGCAAAUAGAUAGUUAUUAGAGAAUACAAUUGCUUAGGGAAUCAAAUAAGAAGCACAGUGGGGACACGCAUUAAAUGGGCCCUGAAUGGCACGUCAUACAUACGGGUAUUUGGAAUUUAUGCAUGACGACGAUAGGAAAGGAUGGACACUAAAGAAAUGCUUUGCUGCUGACGAAUUGUCAUAGAUAUUGCAUCUUAGUAAUACGAACUGAUCAGGUGUAGCUAAAUAUCAACUGCACGGAUUCCUGCGGAGCGACUCAUCCACAUAAAUUCUCAUUGAUUUGUUUUUUAAGGCAGAUCGACCUUCCAGAACAAAAUAUUAACUGAUGUCAGUUUUCUCAGUUGUAGAAAGUGCAAGCGCUCACGGGUAAUUUUCGCUUUAACUUUGCCUUUGGUUUAACCCCAUCAUUACAUCGAAACUACCAACAAAACAGCACAUCAUCAAAGUAUGAGAAGCAGGUAAAGUGAUUCUAGUUCUAGAUUGUCCUGACUGUGCCUUGAAAAAACAGACCUUGAAUCUACUACAGAGUAGAGGGCAGUUUUAUUAGUUUCUUUUUGUGUUAUGCAACUGAUGUUGAAUUCGCAGCAGUGGAUAAAUUUGCACUGUUUGGAGCUUACAGCAAAGGAUUAUGUCCCGUACCGUGUUACUAAGGAAUGGGAAACGGCAGUUGAAAUUAUAUAUGGACACAUUUCUUGGUGAUGGCGGAAUUUUAGUAUGCAGGUUAGGUAUAUGUUGAAUUAAAGUGAAUCAUGGUGCA